AUGAUAGAUGAUAACAGUUAUGAAUUAGAUAGUCUGGAUUAUCUAAAUGAUGCUAGCUUUGUUCUGUUUGGUGAAGGGCAAAUAUUCAAAGAGGACAGAAGAGUAAAACCGGCUCAGGAUGUGCAAAGGAGGAAGAUGCUUUUUGAAGAACUUGACAUUGGAUUAUCAAUGAUUCUUGGUCAAAUAGAUAAAAGAUAUGCUCGAGAGGGGAUGAUAUUCAAUCUGAUGGUAGCUGGACGGAGCGGGGUAGGGAAAACAACAUUUAUUAAUUCAUUAUUUGAAACGGAACUUAUUCCUCCUACCCAACAUCAAGAACAUGGAUCUUUGCCAUUAGAGAAUUAUCAUUUUUUGUUACAAAAUCAUGAUGGAAGUGUAAAUCUAAAAUUGCAAAUAGUUGAUACUCCUGGAUAUGCAAAUAAAAUCAACAAUAAUUAUUGCUGGGUACCUUUAAUAAACUACCUUGAUGAACAAAUGACUCGAUAUGUUUUUCAAGAAGAGCAACCAUAUAGAGAAGAAGAGAAGAGAGAUAGCCGUGUCCAUUGCUGUCUGUAUUUCAUUGAAGCUUGUGACACACAGUUGCAUCCAAUUGAUAUUAUUAGCAUGAGGGAAUUGUCAUCGCGGUGCAACUUGAUACCUGUUUUAUCGAAGAGCGAUUAUCUGACAGAAGCCGAAUUAACCGCGGUAAAACAAAGGGUUAAAGAUGUUAUAAGAUUACAAAAUAUAAAAAUUUGCAGGUUUUUCCAAUCCAGAGACAAAACUAAAGAAGUAUAUGGUAAUGUCCCAUAUUGUGUCAAAAUUCAAUCUAUGGUAUACCAUUGGCAAAAAAAUGUUAUUAGACCACUUGAAUUUAAGACUAGUUUCGACAAGUUACAAUUCAAUGAACUAAGGGACCUCAUAUUUGGAGAAACGUGCACAGAAUUUGUAGAAAGUACUGAAACAUACUAUGAAAGGUGUCGACAAUAUUUACUUGAGUACCGGAUUAAGAACGCCAGAGACGAUGUGGAGAAUAAUACUGAUCUGCGCGGCCUACAAGAAUAUUUGCUAUACCACUCUGUGGCAAAGAGUAGAGUAGAUGAAGAGAUGACUGUAUUCACAAAUCCGACAUAUCUCGACAAAGUCUCGGCUCUGAAACAAAAAUACACUGAGAGGUUAAUAGCCGAAGAUGGAGUAUUUGACAAAUGGGUGGAAAGAUUAGCAAGAACCCAGAAAAAUUUCAACCUCGAGAUUAAGAAUCUUCAAUCGCAAAUCAACGCCAUUAAAGAAACAACAAAAGUCAGAAGCACAAGUAAUGCUACAUUGGUGCAAGAGAUGUAG